AUGCAAUCGUUGUCGCAAUUCUUAGGAGGAUUCGUCAUUGCGUUCACUUAUGAUUGGCUUCUUACCCUUAUUAUGAUGUCCCUUUCUCCAUUUAUGAUGCUUUGUGGAGCUUUCGUCGCUAAGUUAUUGGCAACCGCCUCUACGAUAGAAGCGAUCAAGUAUGCCAUCGCUGGUGGAAUGGCGGAAGAAGUUCUCACUUCUGUUCGAACCGUUAUUGCUUUCAAUGGUCAGGAACACGAAUGCCGGAAGUACGAAGCCGCUUUAAAAGAAGGAAAAAUUACUGGAAUCAAACGAUCGGUCUUUGUCGGCGUUGGACUGGGAACUUUCUUCGUUAUCAUUUACUCAUCGUAUUGUCUUGCCUUCUGGGUCGGUGUGAACUUUAUCCAUGAUGGAAAAAUCCAAGGAAACACUGUUAUGACGGUCUUCUUUUCUGUUAUGAUGGGCUCAAUGGCUUUGGGACAAGCUGGACAACAAUUUGCCGUUCUUGGAACUGCUCUCGGAGCUGCAUCUUCUCUUUACGAUGUCAUUGACCGUACUCCGGAAAUUGAUGCUUAUUCGAAGGAUGGAGAAAAGCCGAAACAUGUCAAGGGACACAUCAAAGUGUCAAAUGUCAAAUUCAGAUAUCCAACAAGACCAGACGUUCAAGUCUUAAAGGGUCUUACAUUCGAAGCGAAGCCGGGUGAGACUGUUGCUCUCGUUGGUGCUAGUGGGUGUGGAAAAAGUACAAUAAUUCAACUUCUCCAAAGAUUUUAUAAUCCGGAAUCGGGAUCACUGAUCAUUGAUGGGAUUUCGAUUGAAAACUACAAUAUCACAUUCUUGCGUCAACUUGUUGGUGUUGUCUCGCAGGAGCCUAAUUUGUUUAACACCACAAUUGAGCAGAACAUCCGAUACGGAAGAAGCGAUCUCAGCGAUAAAGAAAUUAACGAUGCUUUGAAAAAAGCGAACGCGUACGAUUUCGUGAACAGUUUCCCGAAGGGUCUUCAAACUCUGGUCGGAGAUCGUGGUGUUCAAAUGUCGGGCGGACAGAAGCAAAGAAUCGCGAUUGCUCGAGCUCUUGUCAGAAAUCCGAAGAUUCUUCUGCUCGAUGAAGCGACGAGCGCGCUCGAUGCUGAAUCCGAGCAUGUUGUGCAGAGGGCUCUUGAGAAUGCUUCUCGUGGCAGGACCACUAUUGUUGUUGCCCAUCGGCUGUCGACUAUCAGGAAUGCUGAUCAGAUUAUUGUGAUGAAGGGCGGAGAGAUUAUGGAAGUCGGAAAACACGACGAUCUAUUGAAAAAGAAGGGAUUGUAUCAUGAGUUGCUGAAUGCACAAGUCUUCGCUGAUGUUGAAACCUCGACGACUACCACCGAAAAAUCAUUGUCAAAACAAACGUCGGUUGACAAAACAACUAACUUUGUCUCACAAGAAUCUCGCAUGUCAAUUGUUAAAGACGACAAUCCAACAUCCCAACCAGAACCGGAAAAAGACCUCGAAAGACUCAAAAAAGAGCUCGAGGAGGAAGGGGCAGCUCGCGUGAAUCUCUUCCGCAUUUUGAAGUAUGCGAGACCGGAAAUAUUUUUCCUUCUAUUAGCCACUAUUGCAUCAGUUAUACAAGGCGCUGUGAUGCCAACAUUCUCGUUGUUCUUCUCCCAAAUUAUUGAAGUUUUCUCAAAUCCGAAUCCCGAGCAAAUGUUGAAAGAUGGCCAUUUUUGGGCGCUGAUGUUCCUCGUCCUUGCCGCUGUCCAGGGAACUACGAUGUUCUUCCAAUGCGCGUUGUUCGGAAUCGCUUCGGAGCGAUUAACCAUGCGGAUUCGAUCGAAGGUGUUCCGAAAUGUCCUUCGACAAGAUGCAACCUACUUCGAUAUGCCUACUCAUUCACCGGGAAGAAUUACCACUCGUUUGGCGACCGAUGCUCCAAACAUCAAGGCAGCAAUUGAUUAUCGCCUUGGAUCCGUCAUCAACGCAUUGGUCUCAGUUGUAGGAGGACUAACUAUCGCUUUCUACUAUGGAUGGCAAAUGGCAUUCCUUGUCUGCGCAAUCUUCCCACUUGCUGGUGUCGGGCAAGCAGUUCAAAUCAAAUUCUUGUCCGGAAAAUCGUCGGCUGAUGCAAAAGAAUUGGAAAACAGUGGAAAAGUUGCAAUGGAAGCAAUUGAGAACAUCAGGACUGUACAAGCAUUGACACUUCAAACUCGACUUCAUGCUCAGUUCUGCUCUUAUCUCGACGGACCACACAAGUCGAACAGAUUCAAGGCAUUGGUUCAGGGAAUUUCCUAUGGAUUUGCUACAUCUAUUUUCUACUUCCUUUACGCUGCUUCAUUCCGAUUUGGCCUCUUCUUGAUCUUUGAUAAAAAUGUGAUGAUGGAGCCAAUGAGCGUCUUACGUGUUCUCUUUGCAAUUUCGUUCUCAUUCUCGUCGAUUGGUUUCGCUUCAGCUUACUUCCCAGAAUACACGAAGGCCACAUUUGCAGCCGGAUUGAUUUUCAAGAUGCUUGAAGAAGAGCCAUUGAUCGACGGAAUGUCGGAAAAUGGAAAGAAGCCAAAAAUUAAUGGAGAAAUCAAAUUUGAGAAGGUCUACUUCCGAUAUCCUGAACGACCAGAAGUGCCGAUUCUGCGGGGAUUGGACAUCAGUGUUCAUCCUGGAGAAACAUUGGCACUUGUUGGUCCUAGUGGAUGUGGAAAAUCGACAGUAAUCUCAUUAUUAGAGCGAUUAUAUGAUCCGUUGGAUGGAAAUGUCCUGGUGGAUAACAACGAUUUGCGCGGAGUCAAUCCGAAACACCUGAGGAAGCAUAUCGCAUUGGUCUCACAGGAGCCAAUUCUUUUCGAUAUUUCGAUUCGCGAGAACAUUGCCUACGGUUUGAAUCCCGGCGAGUAUUCGGAUGCCGAUAUUAUCGAAGCUGCCAAGAAGUCCAACAUUCAUUCAUUCGUCGAGAGUCUGCCGAAUGGUUACGAAACACGAGUCGGAGAGAAGGGUACCCAGUUAUCAGGAGGGCAAAAGCAGCGAAUUGCCAUCGCUCGCGCCCUUAUCAGAAAACCAAAGAUCUUGUUGCUUGACGAGGCGACGAGCGCCCUCGAUACUGAGAAUGAAAAGCAAGUCCAAGAAGCACUGGAUGCCGCAUCGCAAGGUCGAACCUGCAUCGUUGUUGCCCACCGGCUGUCGACGAUUGUCAAUGCCAAUUGCAUAAUGGUUGUCAAGGAAGGAGUUGUUGUUGAGAAAGGAACUCACGCGGAGCUCAUGGCCAAACGCGGAGCCUAUUAUGAUCUAACCCUAAAGCAAUCACACAAACAAAAUGCCGAGUCCGAAUGA